AUGCUGGCGUUCGUGAUUCAUACCUCUUCAGGACUUGAUCCCAUGAUUGCGAGGUAUGCGGAUCGACAGUCUAUCACCUUCCUGUUACCUCCAGACGCCGCGUUCAGUGCUCUCCCGGCUAACAUCCGCAACCAACUAACGGGCGCAAAGCUAGUGAAGCUGAUGCAGUUCCACAUGCUCAUGGAGAAGUGGGCGUUUGGCUUUUUCAGCGAGGCAACUUUGAAUUCUAAGCUCCGCUUUUUCCGUACAGUGCUUGGGCUUUACAUGUUUUUUCUUCCGCCGGGACCGGGAAGCAAUACGGUGACUGUGAAUUCUGCUCUGUCGCCUUCCCUUGUCGCGUCUGCCUCCCUCGCAGCAGCUGUAGGUGCAUUGUCUCUUUCCUUGCUAGGCCUUGCCUCGCCAGAAACGGCUGCAGCAGCAGCUACAGCUGACGUCAUCGCCGCUUCGGCUGCCGUCCCAGCCGACGUCAGCAGCAUUUUGGAUCUCGCCGACUUCCAGGCUGGAUUCGCCUCGGCCUUUCUUCUAGUCCUCUUCUCUGAAAUCGGCGACAAGACAUUCUUCAUCGCGGCUGUGCUGGCCACGAGACGACCCAAUGUGGAGGUAUUCGCAGGCACCUUCGGCGCGCUCGCCGUCAUGACGGUCCUGUCGGUGGCUCUGGGCCGAAUUUUCCACUACGCAGACGAACUUCUUCCUGCCUUCGGCUCGUUUGACUUCCCUCUGGAUGAUGUCGCUUCUGUCGUUCUGCUGCUCUUCUUCGGUCUCUCUACACUGAGGGACGCAGCAGGCAUGGAUGCAAAGGCAGAGGAGGAGCAGCAGGAGGCAGAGAAGGCAGUGGCAGGGCUGAACGCAGCAGAGGCCACGGAAGGGGGCAUUUCACUGGCAGUGCUGGCGUCGGUGUUUGCUCUCGUGUUCACAGCCGAGUGGGGCGACAAGUCAUUCUUCUCCACCAUAGCCCUGGCGGCAGCAUCAUCCCCAGCAGGAGUGGUCACAGGAGCAGUGGCGGCUCAUGGGGUGGCAACAGUGUGUUGGGCGGUUCAUUCCUUUCCAAAUACAUCUCUGAGAAGACCGUGGCCUACGUGGGAGGCACUCUCUUCCUCGUCUUUGCAGCGGCAACGUUGGCAGAAAUCGUUGCCAAUAGCGCUGCUGCUUGAAAGAUUCCUGCUCUCCCAGCGCCCGCUUCGGAGCUUUAAGUUCCCCGUGAUUCUCGCUUCCGUCUCCGCCACUCACGCGGCGCCUCAUGGCCUCGGCCUCGCGCCGAGGUUCGGCCCGAGCCUGCUGCCGAGCCAGCCGGAUUCGGACGAUAUCUUUCCGUUACCGUCGGGCCCGGAGGAGAUUCAGCGCGCCGUGAUUGGAUGGCUGGAAGAGAAGGCGUCGCGCGUGCGUAACUUGCGCAAGACCACUGCGGAAGCAGGCGGACAGGCGCAGGUCACUUCGCGAGCGGGCUCACUGGCGCUUGAUUCGCAACUUACCCGCGCAGUAACAUCCGCCCAUGCGCAUCUCAGGCGCGCGCAGACUUCGGCGGGGGAUGGCGCAAACCGUGCGCUAACAGCUCUUACUCGCCGACUCGAUGACGCAGUGACCGCGGCUCGCGGGAAAUUGGAGCAAACUGCGGGGAUUGGCGCAGGAUUUGGCGCGUCCUUGAUUGGUCCGGUUGCUGGAGUUGGCGCGCGGAUGGCGGUCGUGAAAGAGCGCAUGGGGAACGCGAAGGCGGAAGCGGAGGCGCGGAUGCUGGCGUUGCGCCGAUUCGGGGAGUUUUGGUGCCGAAUCGUUCAUAUAUACGGCAGCUAUAAGGUCUGCCAAAUCCACACCUCCCUCGCCCUCCCCCUCCCAGGUAAUCGCCGACUGUCACUACUCACAGACACACAGAAGCACGAAGCGUGGGAGAGGCAGCACGAGCGGGCAGCCGACAUGCUACACUCCCUCUGCACCGAAAUGCGCGGCUUCUUCCUUAAAGCGGGGCAGUUCUUAGCGAAGCCUGACGUGUCCCCUCCUGCGUGGGUGGCGAAACUGGCCUCGCUGCAUGAUGCUGCCCCUGCUGACCCGUUUCCAGUGGUCUGUGCGACGAUAGAGGGGGAGUUGGAGGCGUUGACUGGGAGGAAGGGGGUGAAGUGGAGCGAUGUGUUUGCGAAGAUUGAUGAAGAGCCUCUGGGUUCUGCCUCUAUUGCUCAGGUACACAGAGCUUGGCUGCAUGAUGGCAGGAAGGUAGCACUAAAGGUGCAGCACAGGGGGGCGCAGCCCCUCAUGCUCACAGACCUCGCCAACCUCAAGGCGUUUGGAGCUUUUCUGCAGAAGACGGAGCUGAAGCACAUGGAUAUUGUAUCGGCUUUAGUGGAGCUGGAGAAACAGGUGCGUUUGGAGUUUGACUUCCGCAUUGAGGGGGCAGCCAUGGAGAGGGUUCACACGGCGCUGAGAGGCGGAGGGGAGAGAGCCAAGGGUGGAGAGAUGGUGGUGAGAAGAAAAUCAGCAGCAGCAGGAGAGGCAGCGGCGUCAGCAGCAGCAGGAGGAGCAAGAGCAGAAGACGGAGCAGUCAAGAGCACAGGAGCAAAGCAGAGAAGAAGGGGUUCAAAGCAGCAGCAGUCAGAGCGUAACAAGCACAUCAACUCUUCCUCCUCCUCCUCCUCCUCCUCCUCUUCAUCCUCCUCUUCCUCCUCUCCAGUGGUGGUGCCUCGCCCCAUCCCUGGUCUCGUGAGCCGGCAGCUGCUGGUGAUGGAUCUCAUUGAAGGCUCUCCAUUGCUCAGAGUAGCGGAGACGAUGGGAAGCAAGGCAGACGGUUUUUUUGCCAACAGAAUCAAGAGGUCAAUAUUCCGUUCACUUGGGGAGGCAUACGGACUCAUGAUCCUCCGUGACGGUUUUUUCCAAGCUGACCCGCACCCCGGAAACAUUCUUAUCUGCCCGGACAAAAAGGUCGCUCUUCUCGACUACGGGCAGACGAAACAACUCUCCCAGCAGCACCGCCUGCAGCUGGCCGAGCUGAUCCUGGCCGUCGGUGACGGCGACGCGAGGAAGAUCGGACGGCUGUACAGCGAGAUGGGGUUCGAGCUCAGCAAAACGGCCGAGGAAAAUCCGGAGAGCUUCAAGUGGAUGGCUAUGCUUAUGUUUGAUACGCGGUCAGCGAAGGGAGUCACGACAUCGAACCCGUUUUCGGAGGAGCAUGCCGCCCAGAACAACGGCGUGAGGAAGUUUCCGGAGGAUUUGUUUUUUGUGGUGCGGUCGAUGCAGCUGCUGCGGGGGAUCUGCAUGGGCAUGGGGUUGAAUGAGUCGCUUGCGGAGCAAUGGCGGCCGAUUGCACGGGAGGCGAUAAGGGAGGCUCAGAGGCAGAGGCAUGUGUUAUGA